AUGGCUUUGGAAGAUAUUUGUGGCUUCAUGGACACUCCUGUGCAUCGCAAGUGGUUUCCUGCCUCUCAAUUUGAAGAUGCAGCCACAUCUUUUCAUAUGACAGACUAUCACAACUUUGGAUUGGGGAGUCUAAAGAGGUCUGAGAGAAACAGUGGGAUCCCUCUGCAAUUCUCCAUACCAACUUUACAAUUUUUUGCACCUUACAGCCAGGGACCAUCAACCCCUUUUUCCCCAACCAAACAUUCAGCGACAGUCCGGAGGCCUUUCCCUCUGUCUCAUGGAACAACGACCUUAGGUUUCAUCUUCCAAGGUGGGGUUAUCGCAGCAGCAGACACGCGUGCAAGUGCUGGGGGGCUUGUUGCCUGUCCAGCUGUUCACAAGAUUACUCCAAUUCACUCCCAUUUAGUCGUCACCUCCUCUGGUAGCGGUGCAGACUGCAUGCUGUGGGAGCGAAUUCUUGCCAGAGAGAUCAGACUCUACCAACUGCGUCACAGACGUUGCCUUUCAAUACAAGGCACUGCAAAGCUCCUUUCAUUCAUGCUGCACCCCUUUAAAGGCACUGAGCUGUGCGUGGCUCUUACGCUGUGUGGUUGGGAUAAAGAAGCAAAUACCACUGACUGCACAAAGAGUGGCCCCAAGGUGAUAUAUGUGUGCAGCGAUGGAGCCCGACUGCAGGGGGACAUAUUUUCUGUGGGCUCUGGCUCUCCUUAUGCUUAUGGAGUCCUGGAUGGAGGGCUGAGUAGGAGCUUAAGUAAAGAGGAGGCCAUCGCCUUGGCAAGAGAAGCCGUGUUCAGAGCCACUCACAGGGACGCCUACUCAGGAAACAAUGUGGACCUCUUCCACAUCACGGCGCAGGGAUGGAGCCAAAGAAAGAGAGAAGACCUGAAAGAUGAAUAUUAUAGAGACAUAGAGAGGAGGGCAAAAAUAGUGAAGGAAAGAAAAAGAGUGACUGCGUUAGAUGCUGAGGGGUGA